AUGGAGAAAAUGUAUCGACAGAUUCGAGUUCAUCAAGAUGACUUAAACUUUCAACGUAUUUUUUGGAUUAAUCAAAAUAAGGAUGUCAUCACUUAUCAAUUAACUACGGUAACAUACGGACUAGCCUGUGCCCCAUUUUUAGCUUUACGUACUAUUACUCAACUUAUCGAUGACGAAGGCACUAAAUUCCCUCUUGCUGUUCCUGCCCUUACCAAAGGAAGGUACGUUGACGAUAUAUUCGGCGGUUCAGAUUCUAUUUCUCAUGUUAAAGAAAUAGUUGAUCAAGUAAACUCAUUAUGCGAGGCUGGCGGUUUUCCACUCCAAAAAUGGAUUAGCAAUCAUCCGGAAAUUCUCAGUUCUAUUCCAUUAGAAAAACAAGCAAAUUCUCUACUUGUGCAAUUUGACAAGUCUACUACGAUUCACGUUCUAGGACUUAAUUGGAAUCCAUCUCUUGAUACCUUCUAUUUCUCCGUUACUACAUCCUUACCAACCAUUUUUACUAAACGGAAUAUUUUGUCAACCAUUGCCAAAAUUUUUGAUCCACUCGGAUUGCUUUCUCCCAUCAUCAUCACAGCAAAAAUUUUUAUUCAAGAGCUUUGGUCUAUCAAACUUGGAUGGGAUGAUCCUUUGCCUCAACAGAUCUCAACAAAAUGGAGUACAUUUAUCAAGUUGUUUCAAGACAUACCCAAGUUAAAUUUCCCUCGAUGGAUUAAUUUCAAUUCUACUCAUCCUUUUGAACUUCAUGGAUUUUGUGACGCUUCACAAAAGGCUAUGUGUGCUACAGUCUACAUUCGGUCAACUAAUCAAGAUGGAGAAAUUAUUACAGAAUUGAUCUGCUCAAAGACGAAAGUUGCACCACUGAAGAAAAUGACCAUUCCUCGUUUAGAACUUUCAGGAGCGGUCCUUCUUACUAAACUAAUCUCUCGUGUUUUACAAACUUUGAAGCCUCACCAUCGCACUAUAUUUCUCUGGACCGACUCUAUUGUUGUCUACACCUGGAUAAAUAAUCAUUCUUCUCGAUGGAAGGAAUUUGUACACAAUCGCGUCUGCUACAUCCACGAAGCUUUACCUCAGGCAAUUUGGAAAUUCAUUCCUGGAAUUGACAACCCAGCUGAUUGUGCCACUAGAGGUUUAUCACCUUGUCAAUUAAUUAAACAUAUGAUUUGGUGGUCAGGGCCGACUUGGCUCCGUCAAGAUCCUGCUGCAUGGCCCCAAGCACCGCAAACCGUAUCUCACAAAGAAAAUCUAGAAGAACGAGCUAGUUGCAAAACACAGCUCGAUCUUAAAUUUGGCCAUGUCAGCCAUCAAUAG